AGCACCAAGUCACCCGACGUGAUCGACAUGUGCGUGCAAGUGCUGCAUCCUCUCUUUCAGAGUACGAACGUUGUUCUUCGAUUCCUGAAGUGUCGCUCUUACGUUUCUCCCAUCAUUACGGCUAUGGACUACUUCGGACUUAGUAAUAUGAUGCUUGGCCUCAACAUCUGUGUGAUUAUAUUUUUGCUUGGGAAGCCGUUUGACGAGCCUAUGAUGGACGAGUACAUCAAACAGGGAGCUGUGCGUAUUCUUGUCAAUAUGUUGGACAAGCUCGGGGUUAUGAAUGGAACGGUUGCGAAGAAGGUUUGUCUCGCUUUGUCGGUGUUGGCGAACACGAGCCAACAGGCGAAGCGAUUUCUCGAAGACGGCGGACUGAAGGCAUUCUCCGAUCUCUUCAACUCUCCGGAAUCGCUUGCUUGCUAUAUGUCAUCACGGGGUAUUGGAUUUUUGGCUCGCGAAGAAGGAAUGGUUAAACCGAUUUGUGAAGCUGGACUUAUUCCUAAACUGAUCAGGGAAUUGAGGGCGACGAUGUCUCCAUCGCAAAGUGAUUUUGCAUGUUGGGCUCUGAAGGCACUACUGGAGUACAAGGUUGCACGUGUGUAUGCUAGACGUCAUCCGGACUUUUUGGAUGCGUUGAUGCAUUUGAUGGUGUCUGGUUCUCAGUAUUGUAAGGAUCGCUGCAGUGAAAUAUUGUUGGAGUUGUCACGAGAAGAGGAUUCAUUUGUGGCUAUCGGAAGAAAAAUGAUUCCACGCAUUAUCGAAGCAAUAAACGAAAAUGAAGGUAGCAAUGACAUGAUACAACGGUUGCUGCUCAAUCUGGCCAACCUUGUGAAGGGAUGCCCGAAGAAUCAAGACAUGCUCUUUGAACUGGCGGGCCAGAAUAUAUAUGAUCUUGCACUCGAAGACAGUUCUCCCCAUCUACAAGAUCAGUGUCUCUUGACCCUGUGGGCAAUGUGCUCAAACAACAAGAGAAUCCAAGCUGAAUUCAGACGGAAGCGGGGAUUGGAGCUUCUGACUGCCACUAUGGCUAAGUUCAGUCAACAGCGGUUUGUAAGAAACGUCAGUCUUGUUGCCGGGAAUGAGAAUGAACAAUAUGCUGGUGAGGUUUCCGUGCAUGUGUCGCAACGUGUCCUUGAUGUACUCUGCAACUUUCUCGGCUCGGCGAUAAACAAAGUGGCUUUCAUACGAGGCCACAACAGAGACGACUUUACAAUCGAACUCCUCAGGGACGAUGCACGUCUAGUCAAGUCUCUUUACGAGUGUCGUUUGUCAUCAAAAGAGGUCGGAGACCUACGAGGCGUUCCACUGCUUGUGUCAUUAGUCGACGACGGCGAUAAAGACGUAAGAAUGUUUGCUAUUUAUGCAUUGACUUUGCUGGCGGAAAACGAUACGACACAGGCAUUUGUUGUGAGAUGUGGAUUAUAUCGGCAUUUGUUUCGAAUAUGGAUGACCGAUCACUCGCCGAAUGGUACGCUCAAAGAGAAAGAGAAAGACAAGGACAAGGACAAGGAGGGUGGUGAUGAGGAUUUGGAUUUGAGUGAAGCGGACUCGGUGGACGACAAGAUGAAACUUCGAGCUGUGAAGAUGAAACGGACGGAUCACGAAGUCGGCAAUGUGGCUUAUGUGUUACGGCAUGUAUUGAGGGAGGAUCCAAACUUUUGGCACCCAAUGGAUUCUGUUGGUCUCGAUGAUCUGUUGGACACUGUAAUAUCUGUUUGUAGGUCAACACGAUCCCUUUACGCCAAGAGGCACUCUCUCCUUACAUUCAGUACAAUCCUGUUAACCAGUGCCACUCUGAGGCAACAACUCUUAGUGCGACACGAAGUAGUGGAAGCGAUCAUUGACAUGGUUUUCCAAUCAGUGGAAAACUAUGAUAGUCUGAGUAGCUCGUGUUCAGACUUGUUCUCCAAAGGUGUGAAAGCUGAUCGGCCAAUGUUCACUCACAUUCUUAACGACAUCCUCGUGAAAAUCCUGCAAGCAAAGCUUCAUGACUGCUGUGGUUCGAAAGAUCUGACUCUUGUGCGGAAGAUCUUUGGAUUUGUUGGUCGACUCGUUUCUGAGUCGCCUACUGCCAGUGUGUUGGCUGAAAGCAGUUUGUAUUCUAUGUGUGUCGAGGGUUUUCAGCAGAGACCAGCGCUUAGCUGUUUGUAUUUAGACGGAGCCAGCGAGUUGGCUAAACACGGUGAAUUUCACAAGGUUAUGACCGAAAUGAAGAACUUGAAAGCUGUAUUGAAUAUCAUACAUAUCGCCUGCAAGGAACUUUCUUAUCCAACCGCUGCUGUAGUUAUGUAUCAUAGUAGUUUGAAGGAGGAGACAGUGCCGGGCAUAGCUGCUGCAAGAUUAAUCGAGAAACUGAUUGAGAAGUCACCCGACUGUAUCUCUGAGUGUACAGAGCUUGGACUUCUGGAUAUUGUAAUGUCAUCAUUUCCUGCCCCGACUGACACUGUGGAAUUCGAACGUCCGGCCAGUGACAUAGCAGCAAAGCGUACAUAUGCUCUAUCUCCGACGUUGAUUGCACUCUGGGAUGCUUUGUCGUCGGUGGUAUCGAUGGUUAUGGCAAAGAGCGGAAGUUUCGUAACUGAAGUGAAUGAAUGUGAUCUUAUAAAACGUUGUUGUAGUGAACUACAAGAGCUGCAGACGUCGUUGAAUGACUGGAAAGUUCGAGAUGUAGUUUAUAGGGAAGUUGUAGCUGCUCACGGACUUCAGUUGCUGACUGGUCUAUUAGUAAAUGCUGAUCUCUCGUCGGAGUUUUUCAAGGAUGCAGGAGUGUGCAGUCAUUUGCUCAACGUGGUUACAAAAUUUGCGUUUAUGCCGAUGGUGUCCUUUCCUUUGUGUCGACGAGUCGAUUACUUGGUUUUUAGUAGACACAGCCGGAAAUGUGUCAACAGUGUGUGUUAUAGUAAACAGGGUCGUUGUUUGAUUUCAUCAUUGGCAUCGGGACAUCUUAGACAAGUUCAGGAUAUCAAACAUCUUGUAGCGGUUUGCUCUGAAUUUGGUGAUCAGUUGCGGUGUGCGGUCGCUAGUACUGGUGUUCUUGUUCGAUUUGCUGCCGAGGCGGUUGUCGCCUCUUAUAAUCAUCAGCAGCAAGAGCUGGCGAUCACAUUAGGAGAAGCGUUGUUGCAGUAUGCUGAAACGUCACAAGAUGAUUUAUGGGAUGAAUUGAGAGAUGCUUGGAUGAAAGUGUAUGUGAUCUCGAGUGAUGAUCAGUCGAACAAUAGUUCUACGUUAGAGACCUGUAGAGUACCAUCGAAUGUUGUUGAUCAUCUGCGGACUUUAGAUGCACAGCAGGCAGACGAUUUGCAGUACAGUGGGUUGAACUUGUUGAUGAUGCUUCUCACUCCCCGAGAAUUCGACUCUCUUUCUAUUGCUGAGCAAGAUGCCAUCGGAGAAAAAGUGAACGAGAAGGAAAAGAAGAAACCUGAAUCUGAUUGGAAUGCUGAGUUAUCAGACAUUGAACAGAAAGCCCCGUGGCCGUGGAAGUUGAGGUCAAUUGUAUUUCAAGUAUUGGCUCAACUUCUGAAGAAGCCGAAAGAUAAACAAAAAUUGAAUUGCAGUAAGAAUGAGGCGGAGACUACAACUAAGCAAGUGGCCGACUGUGAAGAGAAGGGAAAGACGAAGAAUCGCUUACAUAGUUUGCAAGGUACUGAUAGGGAGGUGCAAAGUGGUGACAUGCAGAGUGAUGUACAACCAGAUAUCAAUUAUAGUCCGAGGCAAGACAAUUCUCCUAGUAGAUUGGAUAGCGAUUCUGGCAUGACGACUGGACAGGAGGAGGAUGACAUUAAUGAUGAAGUAGUCAGCAAUUCUCACUUGCCGGUUCAUAUAGAAUUAUCGUCUGCCAGUACUGCGGGGGUGUUGUCAAUUGAUGCCAAGUUGGGAAGGAUAAAGGAGAGUAGGGAGUCACCAAGCACUACUGUGUCUUUAGAUUUUGCGAGCCGCGAACGAUCUGCGGGAUCUGACUCGAACUCAACUGGAAUAUUAGGAAGUCUUGCUUCGAAAGACGAGCCUUUGGAUAUGAGCCAAUCACUGCAACUAUUUAAGGGCGUCACAGUCGAUUACUUCAAGGGACUCUUUGCUCCAUUGGAAGGUGGGACGAUUGUACCGGACUUGAAAAUGUUAUAUGCAGUGAGUGUAGCUGAGAAUAUUUGCAACCAGUCGAGUAGAGCUGAUAAUCUGAUGAGAGACAUACUAAUUGAUGCAAACUGGCUUGAGUCGGCCCGUGAAGUCACCAAAUACUACGAUCAACAUUUUGAGCUUCUGGAACUUGAGCCUGAACGUUUGAUGAAAAGAGCUAACAUGAAGGACAAGGAAGCAUCUGCCAGAGCUGAAAAAGAGAGUGAUCAAGGUAAUGACGAACGGCCGAGCUCUGAUGGUGUUGCCUCUUGUGAAUCAGAAGAUGGAGCUUUGACACAGACAACUGGAGCAACAUUUGAUUUGAUAGUUGAUGACGAUCCAAAUCAAAUGGGACUUGCUGCUAGACACAGCAGUCAUACUGUUGGUACUGGACUGGCCAGAGUUGGUUGGUUUGUCAUGGGGCUAGCCGAUCCUGCGACGGUCGGUAUCCAACUCAUAGAGAAACAGAGCAAUACUGAAGCUUCUCAACAACCAGUGGAGGAAAAGCAUAAGGUAGAACAGUCGAGAACAAUUGAGGAAGACGUCGAUCAGACCUUAGAUUUUCAACAAGUACAUUUGCACCGUCGUAUAUUGAAAAACUGCUUGGACUCGUUGGUCGAACUUGCACACAUAUCAAACUUGAGGAGUCACUUCUGGGCGUCAGCUCUGCCCGACCAGUUGCAAGCACUGGCAACAUCCCUCAUAAACUGCACGCAUCCGAGGCGAAUUGAAUACGAUUCAAAAGCAGAAGACUUGGCGUUCGAGAGCCUGAAUGACGGAGAGCUGUCUAUCCAGUCACCGAAGUCGGUUCGUCAUGUGCUACUCACGAAUAUUUCGAGUGUCUUUUGGGAUCUUUCUGCUGGCGGGUACAAAGCUGGUCGCGAACUACAUCAGCAGGACAUCUUACCUCGUCUUCUUGAUCUUAUUGAUUAUGGAGAGGAAUACGUGCAGAAGGCUGGAGCAGCAACGCUUGUCAAUACGAGUAUUAACAGUCUGAAAUUUGGAGCUCAGUGUCGAUCUCAUUAUGGCUUUCUAGAUCGUGUACUCGUCGCGUGGAAACGAAGCGUUGGCUCUGAUGCAUUGAAUAAGAAGAUUGCAUGGACCCUUAAUAGAAUUGGAUGGGAUUACUAUCCGUACUGUACAUACAUUGCUCUCCACGGUGGACUCAGGACUGUACUGGAAUUGGCAUUUAUGAACGAAGUGAUCGAAGACGAAAUGCUGGCUGAUAUUCUUGAUACAACCCACAUGAUGUUGUGGAUACCUCACUCGUCGUGUCACCUAAGCCUUCAAACAUACAACCUUCCAGUGUCCAUAGAAUGUGCAGACAGCGAAUUCGACAAGGUGGACGCACCUGAGAAUUUCACCGCUUUUUCUGAAAGGAGCCUGAGGUACCUCGAACGCUUGCAACUGAAAACUGUGUUGAGGCUAUUAGAACUGGUUGACGAACCGUUGCACGUCUCCGCUCGUCAGUCGUUGCUUCACAUUCUCUGCCUAAUGGGUAUCCGGGAACGUUGUGUAGCCGAAGUGUUCAGUAAGCAUUUCUCUUGCUAUCCGAUUCACUUUACAGUCGCCGAUGUGAUCCACACGGGUUAUCUCAAACUUGUUCCUCAUCUCAUGGGCAUACCAAACGGGCAUGCAGAAUUCUCGAGAGCUCGAUUUAUUGAAAACCAUCUGUCGCCGUUCCGGUUGAGUUUGACAACGGAAACUCCGAUUGGAAGCCGUGUCAUACGUGUUCUGAUCGUUCUCACUAACCACUGUGCGUGGAUGGCAGAAGAGUUGGUUCAGAUCGGAUGUCUAGAAGUUAUGAUGAAACACCUUGAUAUGCUGUCGGUGGAUAACAUUGCAGACUAUGCUCAGAUCAUCGCCAUGGUAGUUGUCCAGUGCGAGCCGAGUCUGGCAGUGUUCAACAAAAAUGUUAAACUGGAGUUCCUGAGGAAGCUGAUCGACGACGAGGACGUCGAAAAGAGAUGCAGUGCAGUGAAAUUGCUCUCGGCCGUCAGCGGCAAGAUUCCCGAGGCACUGAAAAUCAUGAGGGACGUCGGAGUUGAUAGAAUGUUUGAAGUGAUUGGCAACAACGAGGAUCUGCGGCACAAAUAUCUGGCGUGUAACGCUGUACUCUCUGUGACGGAUUACGGCGAUUACAACUUGACCGAUUUGGUUGCACCAAGAGCAAAGCUACUGUACGACGCAGGAAUGAGGGCAAGGGAUAACUACACUGAACUAUUUGAAGGUGUUAUGGAUGUAUUACAGGUCUUGUUGCAUACUCUGAGCGGCGAGGAGAAGAAUCGAGUUGGCGAUCUGUUUCCACUCGAGGAUCUUACUCGUCUAUUUGUCAAUACACACAUCUGGACAUAUUACGUCUUUUUGUCACUUCUCUUUUCCGAGUUGGCAACGAUGGGUGACAAGUACCGAGACCCGAUUCGACAAAACGAAGCGAUGGUAGCCAAAUGUGCCGAUCUCCUUCGCACGACGACUAAUGUGUACCUCCAGCUGCACAUGACGUGGCUACUUUCCAGUCUCGCGUUCGAUCAGUCAUGGGCCGCGUCGUUGAUCUACGGCGAACGAGGCUUCCAGUUUGUAUUAGACUGUCUCUUUCAUGUUAAAGACAUGGAUCAUUAUGCCGUCGUGCUGUAUAGCACCGCACACAUUGCCGCAAAUGAUCCGACUAGUCAGUGUUCGAAGGACCUGGUGGACGCUUGUGGUGUCGAAGUGAUUUGCGAUACCUUGAUGAAUAACCCGAAUCUGUACCUACGUCUGUCAGCCGCUUUUUCACUGAGACGAUUGUGGGAGUGCUGUUCAUUGACUAGACCUAAAAUUUCUACGUUUUUCGACGAAAAUACAGAGUUUGUACAGAAAUUGAAGUUGUCAACCUAUCGGCUUCAUCGCCAGUUGAUAGCCGCUCUGGAUGAAUGACAAGAGGUUGAACUCGCUUUGAAUUUCAUUUGUCACGAUUGCAGAGGACACCCACCGUUGGAGAAUGGAGAUUGACUUGUAUAGUAUAAUGUAAUGCUACAGGUUUUCAUGUCAUUUUAUAUAUUGGUUGUAUUGGUAUUUUGAAAUUGGACUUUUGUGGGAGUA